AUGAGAAUUACGGUUGAGUUUCGAGCUCAUUCAACAAUGGCGAAGGGUAGGUAUGGUCGUUUGCAGAGCAAAAAAUGGUCGACGUUCACGCUCGUCUUGUCGAUGCUAUUCAUGCUAAUAGUGGUGCUGCUGAUGCUUCUGGCUUUUGGAAUCGUUUCCCUUCCGGUUAUCACCGACGAAUCUUCACCUAACGAUCUCAGUCCCUUUAGGCGCAGGACCGUUGAGAGAACCGAUGGAUUAGGGGAGAGAGAAGAUCAGUGGACAGAAGUGAUUUCUUGGGAGCCCAGAGCUUUCAUAUAUCACAAUUUCUUGUCCAAGGAAGAAUGUGACUACUUAAUAAAUCUUGCUAAACCUGAUAUGGUAAAGUCAACUGUUGUCGAUAGCAAGACUGGGAAGAGCAAAGAUAGUAGGGUGCGCACAAGCUCUGGAAUGUUUCUGAAGAGGGGACGUGAUAAAAUAGUUAGCGACAUUGAGAAGAGAAUAGCAGACUUCACUUUCAUUCCUGUAGAACAUGGAGAAGGACUUCAGAUUCUCCACUAUGAAGUUGGGCAGAAAUAUGAUGCACAUUUUGAUUACUUCCUUGAUGAGUUCAACACCAAGAAUGGGGGCCAACGGAUUGCCACUCUUCUGAUGUAUCUGUCAGAUGUUGAAGAAGGCGGUGAGACAGUGUUUCCUGCUGCAAAGGGGAGUUUCAAUUCCGUGCGAUGGUGGAAUGAAUUAUCUGAAUGUGGUAAACAGGGACUUUCGGUGAAACCUAAAAUGGGUGAUGCACUACUUUUCUGGAGCAUGAGGCCUGAUGCUAGUCUAGACCCAUCAAGUUUGCACGGUGGAUGCCCUGUAAUAAGGGGUAACAAGUGGUCAUCUACAAAGUGGAUGCAUAUUGAAGAGUACAAAGUUUAA